AUGUCACGCAGAGGAGGCUCUUCCCAGCGGAAGAGGCAACCCUCAACUUCAGAAGAUCAAACUGGAGCCGAGCAAAACUCAGAAGAUGGAAACAAAUUUCAAUCAUCUAGUGAUAAUGGAGCACUGACCAAAAUAUCUCGAGAGGCUGUUGGAAAGCUUCUACGCCGUGCUAAUAAAGUUGACACUCUCAGGAAAAAGAAGACGGUCGAGUUCGAGCAAGAUGGAACCCAAGUCUUGGAUCCAAUGCUUCAUCUAAAGACUUCCGAGGUUGGACAUUGUAGUAGAAAUUCCAUGGAAAAGGCUUCUGCAGGAGAGAAAUGUGGUAACUCAGGUCAGGACGGCUUGGAUAACAAUGAAGAGCUGGAUGACUCUGAUUGGGAAGAUGGUGUAGUGAUCAGGGAUGAUCAUCCUGUAACAAUUGAGUUGAAUAUGACCCCUAAUUCAACUGUACAGAAACAAGUUCGACGAGCCUCUGCUGAGGAUAAGGACUUGGCUGAACUUGUACACAAGGUUCAUUUGCUUUGUUUACUCGCUCGAGGAAGAUUAAUAGACAAUGCUUGCGAUGAUCCUCUUAUUCAGGCUUCUUUACUUUCUCUACUUCCAUCAGACAUGCUCCAGCUAUCAAAUGUCACAAACCUCACUUCAAAAGCACUAUAUCCUUUAAUAUCAUGGUUCCACGACAAUUUUCAUGUUAAAAACUGUCCGAAUAGAGAAACAUCACCAUGUUUUGGUUUGGCAUCAGCUUUAGAAUCACACGAGGGCAGUCCUGAAGAGGUAUAUGACAAUUGCUCUAGAUUGAGCUUGUCUUUUGAAAGUGCAGGAUAUGUUACUAGUUCUUCGUGGCUUGAAAGAAAGGAUUUAAUGAUUGCAGCAUUAUCAGUGGCUCUGUUAAGAGCUUUAAAUUUUACAGUCAGGUUUGUGUCCAUUUUGGAUGUUUCCCCUCUUAAACCAGUUCAAGCUGCAAGUGGAUCUACUUCCGGUAUAUUUAAAACAUCUACGCCAAUGAUAUCUAAGCGAAAAUUGGAUUUUAAAUCACCUCAAGAAUCAUUAUCUUGUAGUGAUAAAGGGAAUGUAUGUGAAAGUUCUCUUGUCUGUUCAAAGAAAAGUAAGAAAUGUCAUGUGACAAAGCAUAUGGAUCAGUCUAGCGCUCCUCCUAUCGUUGAAGGAAGAAAUGAUAGUGUUGCAAACUCAAAAGCUUCCGAGACACGAGAUACUAACCUGGAGUCCUGUCUCACUGACAAAUCUCGUAAAUCAAAGAGGAAAGGGGAUGUUGAAUUUGAGAUGCAGUUGGAAAUGGCUCUUUCUGCCACAGCAGUUGAAUCUCUGGAGAGUAAAAUCAAGUCAGAUGCAAAUCCUGGCUCUCUGUGUUUUUCUUGUCCAUCAAAAAGAGUGAAAAAGGUUACUGGUGAAGAAUCAUCAACCUCCUCCCAAGUAAUUUCUACAGCAAUUGGAUCAACGAAAGUAGGAUCUCCUCUGUAUUGGGCAGAAGUAUAUUGCAGUGAAGAAAAUUUGACAGGAAAGUGGGUGCAUGUUGAUGCUGUGAAUUUGAUUAUUGAUGGAGAGGACAAAGUUGAAGCCAUGGCAGCUGCAUGCAAAACAUCUUUGAGAUAUGUUGUUGCCUUUGCUGGGCAAGGGGCCAAAGAUGUGACUCGCAGGUAUUGUUUGAAGUGGUACAAGAUAGCAUCACAUCGAGUUAAUUCAACAUGGUGGGAUCCAGUGUUGGCACCACUGAGAGACUUGGAGUCUGGGGCAACUGGAGGUGUGACUCAUAUAAGAACAUGCCAAAUCAUUUCUAAAGAAUCCAACAUUAGGGAUUCUUUUGUCCCAACAAGGAGCUCUAUUGAGGAUAUUGAGUUGGAAACUAGAGCAUUAACUGAACCUCUUCCAACCAAUCAGCAGGCCUACAAAAGCCAUCCACUUUAUGCCAUAGAAAAAUGGCUUACAAAGUAUCAAGUACUUCAUCCAAAGGGUCCAAUUCUGGGCUUUUGCUCAGGUCACCCAGUUUACCCUAGGACCUGUGUGCAAACAGUUAAGACAAAAGAGAGAUGGCUGCGGGAAGGGCUUCAAGUUAAACCUGAUGAACAUCCUGUGAAGGAGCUUCAACGUUCCAUAAAGCCUCAAAAGGUACAAGAUUCAGAAGCUGAUGACUAUGGCUGCAAUGAUUCUAUGGACAAAAUUAAACUUUAUGGGAAGUGGCAACUAGAACCGUUAAAUUUGCCUCAUGCUGUGAAUGGGAUAGUUCCCAAGAAUGAACGAGGACAAGUAGAUGUUUGGUCUGAGAAAUGUCUUCCACCAGGGACUGUACACUUAAGGUUUCCAAAGGCUUUUUCUGUUGCCAAGAGACUUGAAAUUGAUUAUGCGCCUGCUAUGGUUGGUUUUGAAUUUAAAAAUGGCCGUUCAUAUCCUGUGUUUGAUGGUAUUGUGGUGUGUUCUGAGUUCAAGGAUGUACUACUAGAGGCUUAUGCAGAGGAAGAAGAAAGGCGACAAGCUGAAGAAAAGAAAAGGGAUGAAACACAGGCUCUUAGUCGGUGGUACCAACUUCUUUCCUCUAUUGUAACUCGUCAAAGGUUAAGCAAUCGUUAUAUUAGUGACAGUUUGUCUUCAGAGAUGCCAACCGGUGGCCUGCGUAUAGAUAAUGAGUCAAGUGCCACAGUUGGUGAUAGUUAUGACGAGAAUCAUAACGUAAGACACCAACAGGUGGACCAAUGUGAUACUAAUCUUGAUGUAUCAUUAAGCACUCCAGUAAAAGAUCAUGAGCAUGUGUUUUUGAAAAAGUUCGAGAGCUUUGACAAGGAAACCUCUCUAUUGACAAAGCGAUGUCAGUGUGGAUUUACAGUCCAAGUAGAAGAAUUAUAG